AAUCUAACCCCGCGAAAUCUAUCAAGCACCUUCCAACCCAACUCUUCUCACCAUGGAAAUCAUUUUUAGUCAAACUCAAUGUAUAAAAUCCAAUUAUGACAUUUCAGGUCGUUCGUGUAGGGUCAACAAGAUGGCUAUCCUACAAUAUAUCACGAACAAAACAACCUAUAAUGCUAUCCUUCGAUAUCUCCCGCCCCCGUAAACUUUCCACCCGAACAGCUUCCCAAAUACAAAUACAUAAUUCAGCUAUCCACACCUUGCAAACGAGUCCUCUGCAAAGUCGUACCUCAUUCAUUCAUGCAGCGCGAAUUCAUACUUCGAAUGCUCGACACCAUGAGAAGGAAAGGGAUCUGAGGAAUGCGGAUCCGAAGGUUAGUGAUAUUGGAAGGGCAAUUGAGGAUGAUUUUGCUACGAUUAGAGAUUGUUAUGGUAUGUUUUCUCCUAUAUUUCACUUAUAUAAAUUGCGUUAGUAAUAACCAAUUCGUUUAGCUACACCUAAAAAUCCAAUCGUCCUUGCCCAUGGUCUCUUCGGCUUCGACGAAUUCCGCAUCGCAGGCAAUCUCCUUCCCGCCGUCCAAUACUGGCGCGGUAUAACCGACGCUCUCCGCGCCAAAGGUAUUGAAGUAAUAAUGACCUCCGUCCCCGCCUCGGGCAGUAUCGAAGAGCGCGCCGCGGUAUUAGGAGAAGAUAUUGCCGCGAAAGCCAAUGGGAAAAGCGUUAAUAUUAUCGCGCAUAGCAUGGGAGGACUGGAUGCACGAUUUAUGAUCUCGAGAUUACAGCCGCAAAAUGUAGAAGUGUUGAGUUUGACGACGAUCGCGACGCCGCAUCGUGGAAGCGCGUUUGCGGAUUAUUGUUUUGAGGAGAGUUGGUGGCAUGGGAUGAUUCCGGGGCUGAUUCGCAAAUUGAAUGAGGUGGGUAUUAGUACGGGGGCUUUCAUGCAAUUGACGCGGAAAUACAUGAAUGAGGAGUUUAAUCCUAAGACGCCGGAUGAUGAGCGCGUGAGAUAUUUUAGUUAUGGAGCUACCUGUGAUCCGAAGCUGUGGAGUGCGUUUCGGAAGAGUCAUGGGAUUUUGCGGAAGGUCGAGGGCCCGAAUGAUGGGUUGGUUAGUGUGGAGAGUAGUCGUUGGGGUACGUAUAAGGGGACUUUGGUGGGGGUUAGUCAUUUGGAUUUGAUUAAUUGGACGAAUAGGGUGAGGUGGAUGGUUGGGGAGUUGACGGGGAAUACGAGGAAGUUUAAUGCGAUUGCUUUUUAUCUUGAUAUUGCGGAUAUGCUGGCGAAGGAGGGGCUUUAGAUUGUAUUAUACGUUUCGAGUUUGGUCAGAAGGGAUUGGGCGAUUGGUCUUUUUUUGAAAGAAAAGUUUGGAAUGAGGAAUGGUUACAUGGUAUAUGCAUUUGGAUAGGAUAGAAGGAUAGAAGAGACAGAUGUAAAGUCUUUAGCGUAGAAAUAUAAAUACUUCCUCCCU